AUGGAUUUUAAUACAGAUGAAUUUUUUUACGGGAUUAACAAGUCUUUGUAUUAUAAAACGGAGGAAUAAAAGAAUGAAAUCAAGAAAAUGGACCCAGAAUAUCUCACUCGAACAAGGGGAACUGAUUUUGUAUUAUUACCUAAUUCGCCCGAAUUCAUAAAUCAUAAUGAACCAUACGAACCUAUGUAUAUCCCAAAAUAAACUAUUCUGGAAGAGAGUUUAAGAAGAGAAAUUGAAAGAAUCUGUUUUGCAGACACAUUGCUGAAUAAAGUAGUAUUUGACUGCGCUGAUCCUAGUCCUUUUACGAAGGACGUUGAUCCAGCAACAUAUGGUUUGGAAGUCUUACCAUAUUAUAUGCCGUAAUCUAAAGAGGAUUCUACAUUGGUUUUUGAAAGUAGAUUUGAAAGUGGGAAUCUCCGAAGAGCCAUAUAAAUUUGCGACUAUGAGUAUAACCUCAUCCUUAAGCCUGACUAUUACACUACAAUGAACACAUAAUGGUUCUAUUUUUCUCUCUCAAAUACAAGAAAGGAUGUGGAGUAUAGAUUCAAUAUUAUUAAUAUGAUGAAGCCCGAUUCAUUAUAUAAUUCUGGAAUGAAACCGUUAAUGUAUUCAGAACAGGGUGCAAAAUAAAAAAAGAUAGGAUGGUUUAGAGAUGGCCAUGAAAUUUGUUACUAUCAAAACAAUAUGAAGAGAAAGAAUGGAGGAUUCUAUUACACUUUGACAUUUGCAGUUAAAUUUUAAUAUGACUUUGAUUGCAUCUACAUUGCUCAUUGUUAUCCUUACACAUUCACUCAUUUGUGCAGAUAUCUAAAACAGUUGGAAUCUGACCCUGCUAAAAAAAAUAGAGUGAAAAGAAAAUAACUAUGUUAAACUAUUGCUGGGAACAUGUGUGAUUUCUUAAUCAUUGGGGAUUUCAAUAAUGGAAAAGAGAAGAAAGGAAUUGUCAUUACUUCCAGAGUGCAUCCAGGUGAAACUAUGGCCAGUUAUGUUAUGGAAUACAUGAUUGAUUUUUUAACAGGUAACACUCAUGAAGCAAGAAUCUUAAGGGAAAAUUUUAUAUUCAAAAUAGUUCCAAUGCUUAAUAUUGAUGGAGUUGUGAAUGGAAAUUAUAGAUGUAACUUAGCAGGGGUUGAUUUAAAUCGACAAUGGAUUGACCCAAAUAAAAAGUAACACCCUACAAUUUAUCACACCAAAUAAUUAGUUAAAAAGACUAAAGAAGAAAGAGACUUAGUACUCUUUUGUGACAUACAUGGACAUUCAAGAAAGAAGAACAUCUUUAUGUAUGGAUGUUAAGGCAAGGAUCCUAAUAGAAAAGAAUUAGUAUUCCCAAUGCUCAAUCGAAAUAAUUGUAGCGUUUUCUCGUUCAAGGACUGUUGCUUUUUACUUUAAAAGGAUAGGGAAGGUUCUGCCAGAAUUGCCUUGUGGAGAGAGCUUUCUAUUAUAAAUUGCUAUACUUUGGAGAUGUCAUUCUGUGGAGCUGACUUUGGCAAAUAUGAAUAUUUUCAUUUCAACCUAGAUAUUUACAAAGAAAUUGCACAAUCUUUUUGUUUAUCAAUUAUAGAUUGUUAUGAACCAGAAUAGAUAAAAGUUAAAUAAGUUAUGGAAGAAAUUGAGUAAAAUAGUCUUAAAAACUAACAAAAGGACGACAAAAAUAAUUCAGGUGAUGAAGGAUCUGAUUAUUCUAAUGAUGAUCCAAAAGAAUAAGCUAUGCCUCAAUAAUAAUAAAUUCAACUUUAAAAUAAUGAUUAAUAACUAGGGUCAUAAACUAAGAAAUUAAAAAAGAUUCCUUUACUCCCUCCCAAAAAGAAAAAAGGUUAAUGAAUAUUAAUAAAUAUAAUUAACUUAUAUUUAAUAAUUUCAUUAU